AUAAAUAAUAUAAAGUUAAAAGAAAGAAAGAAUUAAAAAUUAGAAAAAAAAUUCAAUAUUUAACAAAUAUUAAAUAAAAGAAUGAAAGGAUAGAGUAUGUAUUAAAAUAGUAAUAAUACAAGUGGUAAUAACUUUAGCUAUAUGAAUUAUAACUAAAAUCAAAGCAUUCCAUCUUCGUAUUAUUAAUAGCAAUAGAAUUAGCAAUCUUCCUAAUAACCUUUACAGCAGUAAAAUCAAAAUAUUACUUCUUAUUCUCGUUCUUAGAGUCGCCACUCUCAUCACUAAAGCGAAAAUGUUAACAUUUCUGCUACAAACAAUACCAAUAACAUGCAAUCUUAAAAUUAAAAAUAUGUUAAAUAAUCUACUUCUUCUAUGUCUCACACAUAAUCAAACCAAGUGUAUUAAAAUUCUUAGCUAAGGGAAAACUAUAAUAAUCUUAGUAAUAAUAGUAAUGCCAAAUCAAGUUAAAUUUAAUCAUCUCAAACUGGAAAUAUACGCCCUUCAACCGUUGCUAACAUUUUGAAUAACAACUCCACAAAUAAAAUAAGUUAAAAUACCAUUUAAAAUUUAAAGCAAACAAACUAAGUAAUUCCCAACAACUCCAAGGUUAACAAUGAAAAUAGAGUUCAGAAUAAUACAAUAACAAGCAAUUAAAAUACUUUGACAAACAAUACUAAUAAUGUUAUAUCUAGUUCUAUUAAUGCUAACAACAAUAAUUAGUAAUCAAAUAACCAGUAAAUUUCUUCGAUCUCUGCCUCACUAAAAGCUAGCACUACAAACACCAAAAAUCAAAUUUAAAAAAAGAGAAAGACUUUUGAAUGUGGAGGUACUGCAUUUAGUGUUGAUGAUCAUUACGAGUUCCACAAAUAAAUAGGACACGGCGCCUAUGGUGUUGUUUGCUCUGGAGUUGACACAAAAUGCAAUAAAAAAAUUGCUAUAAAAAAAAUAACAAAUGCUUUUGAAGAUUUAGUUGAUGCAAAAAGAAUCGUUAGAGAGAUUAAAAUGUUAAAAUUUUUUGACCAUGAGAAUAUUAUUGCUCUUCAUGACAUUAUAGUACCAGAAUAGAGAACUGACUAUAAUGAUAUUUAUAUUGUCACCGAGCUUAUGGAAACAGAUCUCCAUAGAGUUAUAUACUCCCGCCAAGAGUUAACUGAUGAUCACAUUCAAUACUUUUUAUAUCAAACUCUACGUGGUAUGCUUUACAUCCAUUCUGCAAAUGUUAUGCAUAGAGAUUUGAAACCUUCUAAUAUUCUUGUUAAUAAAAAUUGUGACCUCAAAGUUUGUGAUUUAGGUCUUGCAAGAGGUUUCGAAUUUGAUGAAGAAGAUGGAAAAACAGAGUAUGUUGUUACAAGAUGGUAUAGAGCCCCAGAAGUUAUCUUGAAGGCUUCUAAAUACACAAAAUCUAUUGAUGUGUGGUCUAUUGGGUGUAUAUUUGCAGAAUUACUAGGUAGAACUCCACUCUUCCCAGGAAAGGAUUACCUUGAAUAAAUAUAAAGAAUUAUUGCAAUUUUAGGUACUCCUACUCCUGAAGAGUUAAGCUAUAUAACUAAUGAAGGAGCAUUAAAAUAUUUGAAAAGUCUUCCUAAAAGAACUAAGCAAAGUUGGGAAAAUCUUUAUCCUAAUGCUAAUUUAGUAGGUUUAGAUCUUUUAUCUAAAAUGCUAACAUUUAAUCCCAAUGAUCGUUACACAAUUGAAGAAUGUCUCGCUCAUCCUUACUUUGAAGGUCUUCAUAAUCCUGAAGACGAGCCUACUUGUCCUGAAGUAUUUGAUUGGGCAUGGGAUGAUUUCGAGCUAACCAAAGAAAGGUUGCAAGGUAUGGUUUAUGAUGAAGCUAUAGACUAUCAAAAAGUAAAAGCAACUUAAUAAUAAUAAUAUUAAUAAUAACAAUCUUAUGAAAAUUAAUGUUGA